UAGAUGUGAGAAGAAUAUUACACUCGAUGGUGAAAGCAGCACUAUAUCUAAAAUACAGAGAAGCAAGACCAACAUUGAACAGAAUAACAAAAGUGUUGCAGCAAAUAUUGAAAGAAUAGCAAAGAUAAAGCAGUUGUUUGAGGAGGGUAUUGUAAAAUGGAUUGAAA